GAUCAAACGAAUCUCUCUCGAUACUUGCAGUCAAAUGUCAAUCGGGCCGACGUGAGUCUCUAACGGGAGGCUGUGGAUGCUGCGGGUCAGAAAGUCAGAGAACGAGAGAGUUGCUGCGAGCGUGUGAGUGCACGUGUGGAUAAGGGAGAGAAAUCCUUAACGAGGAUGCUGGAUAAACUUGUGGAAACGUUCGCUGCUUCUAAUGGCUGAAGAAGAUGGCGAAUUCACACGGUAUCGACACACAGGAACGAGCUUAAUAUACGUGGACCAAGUAUCAGCAAUUUUGAACAUGGAAGGAAGCCAAAUCGUUCGUUGGUUACAGCAAACAAAAACAGGAAAGGAACUGGUCCUGGGGUGAAUUAGUUCACGGAUCGGAUGAUCCAUUCUCAUAGGGCAGGGUUGCUAAACCUUGUAAAAGGGAAGUAAGGACAGUUAGGGUGCAAAGAGGGUGCGCUGGAAGUGAAUUCAAAGAAAGGAAUUUAUAUCCUUAAAAAUUUCGACAAUCGAAGCUUAUGUAACUCAGUCUGACGGAUAUUCACCAGGACCCACCGUCCUACCUGGAGACGACUUCCGGAAUUUGGGAUUAGGAUUGGACAGUGUGGAAGAGGAAAACUAGAAGGAUUGGAAUAUCUCUAAUCGUCCGUUCUCCAGUGACUGCAAGGUCAAACAACUCCUGUAAAAAGUUGAACAAGAAAGUGAAGGAGGAAGCGAACAAAAAAUACAAGAACUGCUUGGCGCACCAUCGUCCCUAAAGGAAGUACGGCCAAUUUCCUUCUGGACAGUCAUUACGCUCCACUCCCAGAAUUCUAUGGGCCCAAUCGGGCCCGCAAUCAUAUUCUCUCCCUCGCUUUGCUCGUUUCAAAUUCCCCUAGAUCCUUCCGAACGUGUCAGCUCAAAAGAGGAAAUACGCUUACUACGUAAAUCAAUGAAGGAAUAAUCCAAAAGCGUUCCUGACUGGAUCUCAAUGUCUUCUUCACCGAGAAUUAAUCCGGUGAGGCUCUGAGGAUAGUUUGAAAUCAAGAAUAAAAGACAAAAAAGUCUAUACUCGAUCACAGGAAGUCGCUCUUAUUCAAAAGCCCAAUUCUUAAACACUCGCUUGACUUGGGUAGUCACGAAAUGGAGAAUACCAGCAGGAAAUGGAAAUGGACGAUGACCGGUAUUACGUUAUGAUGACGCGAGGUAUUACCUCAGCACGCGUAACAGACUUGGCAAAAACUUUCAUUCAUAAAUGUCAGUCGACGAAGAGAUGAAGGUGGAGGAGAACGGAUCCGGGUGACAUUAUACGUACGAAGGAAGGAUCAAAGAAUCGUGAGGUCAUGACCUCCCGAGAAAUGAGUUUAUGGUUCCUGCUGGCGCAUUGUCGGAUCGCCGUUAGCAUUACAAGAAAUCCUAUGAUAAAGAUGAGUAGGUUAGGAAAGCGAGGUGGAUGUAGAGGGAGAAACGUGCACCGAAACAGACGCUAUACGCACGCGUUCAAUUGCAUAAGCCGCACUUUCUUAGUGACAUAAUAUUAUUUAACCCAGAAUAAUGCCAGCCCCGCGCUCACCCGAGUUGCGUAACUGGCUGGUAUUUUGCGAGACCGGCUCAACUAGCUCGUUCUUUUUAUUAUAUAAACACGAUGGCGCAUAGGUGCUCGAAGGAAUCGAGGUAACCGACUUAGACCAAGAAGUCCGAGGGACGGACGAAAGUAUAUAACAAAAUGGUAAACCCCGAAGAGAACAAAAGUCCGGGAUUGCAACGGUGGCCGCCACGACUUUAACUGCCUAAUCGUUCGGAUAACGCUAGAAAUCAAUUACCAUACAUCAAACUGGCGCAGCCCUCGUCCAGUCUCACAAUCAGUUGGCUUUCUUUUUCAUCGGCAAAUUAUCUCCCUCUUUUCCGUUCCUGCGUGGCUUACGCAACUGGCACAGCCGCUACCGCCACGAAUGUGUACCUACGUCCUCAGGGUUUAUCUAACAGUAGUACAGUGUAUCUGUACCCUGGGUCUAUCCUAUUCGUUAUGCAACUCUAUUAGCGAAAUGGUAAUAACGGGUGGUAACAGUGCGGUCAAACCAGUACCGAUAGCCGUUCAAGCAUUUACCUAGGAGUUUAUAUACCUGCGGACGAGAUACUUGUGCUUCUUGGACAUAGCGCCGGCUCUUGAGAUAUGUCAGACAGAUGAGUCCUAUCGGCAGCGGAGUGUGUGACGAGAGAGAGAGAGAGAGAGAGAGAGAGAGAGAGAGAGAGAGAGACAUAGAGACACAGAGAGAGAGCGGGAGAGAGAUCAGCUCCGCACGAUGCAACAGGUUGGACCUCGGAACAAUAGCCAGGGAGAAGAACUACACCGUGCCGCCUCGCUUAGACUUGACGGAGGCACUUUCAUCAGCUUCUCCUCGGUGCUGAACUAUAGUCCAAACCCAUGGCUGCUCCCGGAAGCUACCUACACCCAGCGACGAGGCUCCUUCACCUGGCUCCUUCCUCGCUGACUCCUCGGAUGCCUCUUCCAACACCACGUUCCGGAGGACGUCAGGCGCAUUUCUCGUAGCACCGAGGUCGCACCCACUCUCUCAUCCUCUACCUCCACCUCGUCGACCCAUCGACUUUUUCAUGCUCUUACCACCUCAUCGUGUCCUCACCGAACACCUUACAGUCGCCGACCUCAUUGCACUAGGACUUUUAUCGGGCUCAUCCUGGAUGUGACCUCAUGGUAGCCGCUGCCGUUGCUGUACGUUGCGUCAGAGCACUGUCCUGGGGCGUCCUUUAAUUCCUGAUACUCCUCCUCUAGAAGGAUGUAUGGACUCCCUUUCCAGUGAUCCUCCGGGCUGUCUGAACGUGCCCGUCGUGGGAAUGAGGUACGACUUCCAUCGGCCUGGUGAAUCCCACGACGCUAUCGAGGAACAGCUACCUGGUGCUCAACAUCGUCAUCCAGGAGUAAACGUAAGACGCUGACGUUAAGCGUAUGCUGGCUGGGUCGCCCUGUUCCAAGUAUUACAAGAGCGCUCAGUGCGUGUCCGGACUUACGAUACUCCUACCCGGAGCCUCGGACCCUCCCGUUUCUCCCGAGCACACCGUCCCAAGAACUCGUGCAGGGUGUGGCGCCUUUGUUAGACCUACAAGGACUUCGGCCACCUUCGCCAUGGUUCACGUUGGGUUACAGCAGCUGAUCCGCAGUCUUGUUCCUUAAUUCUCUCUGGAGCGCGCCUUCGCCGAUACACUUAUACUUAUCUCCCAGGACACUUGGUGCAGUCAGUGUGCUUCUGGUACCGCUGUUAUUACUUCCUGAUACAAGACGUCUUCCAAGGAUGCAGUGCUAUUCGCGAGGAGAUGAAACUGGAGUUCAUUGAUAUGUGGGACGGGUGCGAACGCUGGCUGGCCCGGUUAUAUCGGUAAUGCGAGAUUGUUGUCAUGUUCGCCGACCUGGAGGAUAGGGGCGAGGCCGUACACGCGUCACUACGUGUCUCGGCACCUUCUACGCCUUCCGAUCUUUACAUGCGUUGGACUCCAGUCAUUCCCCACCACCUCUACUUGCGGCUCGUCGAGGAAGUGCCGUACCUCUAUUCAACACUGUUAUUUUCUAUUCUCAGUUAUGCGUCGUUCGUGGGACCGAUAUGUACCUAAUGAUGAAGAGUUGUUAGGUUAGGAUCGUUCUGAUCUUCAUCUUCCUCCUGGUGAACAUGAGGAUUCUCACGAUACCAAGCGAUGGUACCACGUGUAUGAACAAGAGGAAGAGGUUCUUCCUCGAGGCAAUCAGAAAUGACCGUACCUGGAACGGUAAUGCCCCAUAAGCAAUGCGAUAAUGGUGGCCGGGUACUUGUUUAUAAAUUCAUAGCCGAGAGGCCACGUCCCUCGGCCUUCGGACCGUUAUUGCCUUUACCCGGGAACGUCCAGCUAUGCGUUUCCGCUCUAGUCGGAAUCCUCAAACUGCCGGUAAAUAAUAUUACGCCUCCGAUAACGACAUCACAGUCUGGGAAUAACUAAUCGUGGGUUCCCGCCUUGCGGACGUCCACGGGCGUGCACCGAAGACGGUAGAGCAUAGAGCAAUGCGACUCUGGCCUUCGCUGGAAUGCGUUCCAGAGAGAACAAUGCCACUCUUGAACUCCUCCUCGGUGUCCGUUCCUAUAGUAUUUCCUGGUCUUCUUUCUCUGUCGUCUAUCCUUUCUUUAUUAUAUUCUCUGUCAACCUCGAAAAAGUCAAUCGCAGCUAACUUCAGACUGCUAGUCGUACGUCGACCUUUAUCGGAAACAUAUUUAUUCGUUCUAUAAUUCAGUUACUUAACCGAAAAUAUAACUUCCAGACGGCGUAUCAAUUAUAGACAGAUUCUGCGAGAAUGAGGCCAUCCAAAAUAUCUAAAUGACUCGAGAAAGAGGCAGCGGGCAAACAGCGGAAGAAGAUUGACGUACAAGCCGCGAGUCUUGGAUUUGAUGAUAGAGCCAAGAGGAAAGAGAAGAGCGUGCAAGAGGAAUUCCACGCGCUUCCUCUCCCUGCCAGGAAUCUCUAGGUUCUCUCACCCAUCGACCUGUCACCCGUCACCCGUCUCUCGCACACCUUGACGCACGUUCACCCACGCUCGCCACCCUGAAUCUCAAAUUAUAACCUGACGAGCGACGACCAGCACCCAUGGAAUGACAAUUGGUCGCCCAGGAAGGCAUAGGGACAGUUUCUUCCUGGAGGUUCGACGAUGGAGGAUGGUACCAGUCAGUGCCUGAAGAUCUUGCAGAUAUUCGGUGGGAAGACGCGACGCUUCGUCGUAGUGGAGUGACGACUGCUUUGCGGGUGGUCCAGGCUCGAUGCGAUGCUGGGAAUGAGAAUGCACAGAAGCAUGAGGAAGAUUGUGAGAGAAAAGCAAGAACGGGCGCGGUUCAGGAAUGCAUUUGCCACGACAUGCGAUGCUGUAAACUUCCGCGUGUGUGUCACGUGGCGAGCUACAUACGUGACCGAUAAUAUUUGCAUACUGCAGAGAAUCGUGCUGUCUUUACUCUGCUGGCACGAGCUGAUGAUCUUAGGAUUUAUCGUAACCAGACAAUUGCUUGGAUCUCGAUCGUCUUUAUGGUAUUUGAGAGCUCUCGUUUCUCGUCAUUGCUUACGCGUCAAUGUUGAAGAGAUGGCGCAUGCGGCUGUCCAGGAGGUGCUGCCCUCUAAAGCGGCAAUUCUAUGAACUACAAUUUGAAUGGAUGUAUAAAGUAUAACUGUAUAUGUAUAUGGCAUCCAGAGUUAUACGUUAUACAAGUCUGGCGCCAAAACGAAGUAUUCGUAUCAAAUUGAAUUUGAAAGAUGGGAGACAGUGAUGAUACUGAAAAAGUUAACAGCGAUGAUCCACGAAUUCCCUGUCAGUAUGGUGUUAAAUGUUAUCAAAAGAAUCCUGCUCAUCACGGCAAGUACAAACAUCCUCCAAAACACGAACAGCAAAAAGAGGAGAACGUUGGAGUAACAACUGCUAGCAGGAAACGAAAGUUAAGUGAACAUAAAUCUGAUAUAUCUAAAGAAACAAUAGUGCCACAGACUAAGCUUAAGAGAGAAAAUUCUCCGUUGCUAAAUAAAGGUGAUCAUGAACUCUCUCAGAGUCCUGAGCAUAAUACCGCAGGAGAUGAAGCUGCAGUGCCAGUGGCAAGUACAUCGGAAACAUCUGUCAGCAAAUGUGACUCAGAAAUUACAGAACUAAGUGAGAGAGCUAUGUCCAUAAAUGUGUCAGAUAUUGAGCAACGUAUCGUUGACAAGUUUCUUGUAAAGAUGCCAGAAGAUUUUUAUAAAUUUUAUGACUUCUGUAAAACUGUUUCUCCGAAUGAUCUCUCUGGAACCUUCAAGAUAGUAAAGCUUACGUUAGUAGGGCCUUAUGAUAUACUUAGUAGUAAACUCGAUGACAGGAACGAUUUAAAAAAAGAACAAUAUUUAACGCACUGGAGAUUUUAUUACGAUCCACCUGAAUUCCAGACUAUCCUAAAUGUUGAGGGUAAAGAUGGUCUCCACUUUGGCUACUGGAGGGAUGAACCCACAGAGAAUCCUGUAUUCGUAGCAACAAACAGUGUGAAUGUCAACUGUAAAAUAGUUCCAGUUGCCGAUAACAUCUUUUCAGCAGUGAGCGCGUAUAUGGAUACUGAGUUAAAACGCGCUAGUCCGUUCAAUAAGAUGAAGCUAUCUAACCUUCAAAAGAGUCUUAAGAGUUAUGCAAAGAAACAUAAAAUAACUUUGGAAACCAAUACCAAUUCAAUGAAAGCUAGAGAGAAGCGGGUAGUGGCAAGAACGUUACACGGUGCAGGCAUCGUAGUUCCUUACAACAAAAAAACACAAGUUGGCUACCGGGAACUAGCUGUAACCGACAGUAAAUUACGAAAAAUCUUAAAGAACAUUGACGAAACAUCGGACGACAAUGUUCGCGAGGAUAAUUUAAAUAGCCUACUAGAAGUCACAAGACUGGCAACGAUAGCAGCUGACGAGUGCGAUUUCGGAACUUGUCUCGAAUUGGGUCAUGACCUCUUUUCCAGCGGCAGUAACCACGUCCAUACUAUGGCCAUUCAAAUGCUUGCAAUCGCAUACACUCAUUUGGAUCGACCGCAAUUUCUCGAGAUCAUAAAGACUCACUUGGCAGAUCGAAAAAGAGGUACCAGCCCCUGUGUCACGUGAAAGCAUCUGUAUCGUCAUCCGGAGAUGAACGACGUAAUCACGUCUAUUGUUUCUUACAAAUUAAAAAAUAUAGUCAUAAUUUUGUACGCGUGCUUCAAUAAAGCGGAAAGGCAAGGCA